AUGGCGAUCUGUACUUAUAACGCACGUACGCUUGCAUCGGAAGCGGCCAUCGAAGACCUGAUGAUGCAAGCCAAGAAGAUCAAGUACGACGUCAUCGGACUGACGGAGACGAGACGACAUCACCCUCUCAACGCCGUAUAUGAAUCUGGAGAAGAACUGUUCUUAGGAACAUGCGACAGUAGAGGUGUUGGUGGAGUUGGCGUCCUCGUCAACACGAAAACGGGAAAGAACAUCGACUCCUUCGAACAACUUACGACCCGAAUCGGACGUCUGUGGAUGAGAAGAUGUGGUCCAACACCAGCUUUGACUAUCUUCGUCGCCUAUGCACCAACAUCAAGCUACGAAGAAGAAGUCAAAGCUUUCUAUAUGGACCUGGAGAAGUUCUACCGAGAAGAUCAUGCCUUCUACAAGGUCAUAAUUUGGGAUUUCAACGCCAAAAGGCUCUCCGAGUUCAUCAUGACGACUAAGACCAUCCAUGGGAACUCGCAACACAAGAAGCCGUCCUCUCUACGCUGGACGUGGGAGUCACCCGGUGGAGGGUACCGUAAUGAAAUAGACUACAUCAUCGUCAGUGAAAGGUUCUGCCUGACGGAGGACGCUGUUGUACCAAAGUUCUAUACGGGAUCGGACCAUCGCCUCCUCCGAAGAAGAUUUUCCCUCACAAGGAGAGCAAAGAAAGCCGCCAAGUUCAGAGAGAGAAAUCCCAAGGCUAUCAUCAACUGGGAUCUCUUUGCUACGCUAGCCGGCUUUUGGGAAGAUUCCGCAAUCGACGAGGAAUAUGACCGGCUUGUUGAACACCUGUCACGACCGCGCGAAGUCGGCUGA